GCCGGGCUGGGGCCGCCGAAGCCGCUCCUCGGCGCUUUGCCCGUGCGGCCCCGCUCGGCCCCGCUGCCCGGUGUUGCGCUGCCCGGUGUUGGGCCGUCGCUGCCCCGCCGGAACGAGCCGAUACCCUCAUUAGCUCCGUCCUCUCUAUGGCCCAAGCCGCUGUCGCUCGGCAACGCGCCCUCUCUAUGAUCCCGCGGGCGGGAUGUGGCGGCUGCUGCUGGGCCGCGGCCUGAGCCGCUCCUGGCCGCCCCCCGCCCGCCCCGCCUGCGCCGCGCCCCCGCCCGACGGCCCCGGCCCGGCCACCGAGCGGGCGCCCGGCUGUGAGGAUGGACGGCCUCGGGAUGGCCGGGAGCGAGGAGGAGGGCGGCAGACCCUGCCCCGCCUGGUGCCCCGCUACUCCGUGCUGGAGGCAGUCACCUGGGGAGCACUCGGUGCGCUGCUUCUGCAGCUGGUCAGACAGAUCUCCUGGCUGAGGUCCCUGCCGGACGCCAGGGGAGGGCGCAGGGCUCUGCGGCUCUCUUCGCUGCCCUCGCAGCGGGCAGUGGGGACUGAAGCCUCAACCAGCUGUUCCACUGAGCAGCUGGCGUCCUGCUUCCUGCAGAAAGCAAGUCCACAGGUUGUACCAGAGAAUGCAUCCUCAGGCAUCCCCUCAGGGCAAGGAGAGAGCCAGCCCUGGGCAGAAGUAGGAGAGUUCCACAUCCCUGAGAGCUCCAGUUUGGGGCCAGUUCUCCACAGUGCAAAGGGUGACCCAGCUCAGCGAGGGCAUUUGGAGGAAGCUGCUUUCCAGUUGCAGCAGAUUUUCCGGAUUGACAUUUCCAUUGCGUUGAAUAUUCUCGGGAUUGAAAGCAUGAGAGCUGGCCAUUCCAGGAUAGCCUAUACCUGCUUCAAACUGGCAGCAGAUCGAGGCUACAGCAAAGCCCAGUUCAAUGUGGGCCUGUGUUACGAGCAUGGCAGAGGCACGGAAAAGGACUUGGAAAAGGCAGCUUUAUAUUACUACCACGCAGCCAGCAGCCGUCACCCCAUGGCACAGUACCGCUACGCGAGAUACCUCUUACGCCACAGACCUGAAAAUGAGUGGGACAGGCAUCAGAAGGCAGUGACUUUCCUGGAGCAAGCAGCAAUGGCUGGUGUUACAGAGGCACAGGCUUACCUUGGAGUGUUCUACAUGAGGGGGCUGCAACCUAAGGAAAAGAGAGGUCUGAAGUACCUGCUGCUGGCAGCGAGGAAUGGUGAUGCCCAAAGCAGGUACCACGUGGGUGUUUGCUAUGAGAAGGGCCUUGGAGUGCAGCAGAACCUGGCGGAAGCAAUGAGACACUACCAACAGUCAGCUGCUGCGGGGAACAGGAACGCUCGGGAGAGACUGCGAGUGUUACAAGAGGAGGUGGAAGAUGUGCGAACAAAGCAUCCAUUCCCUUCUGGAAUGAGAGCCUCUUCCUCUAGCCCCAGUUUCUGGGCUAUUGAGCCUGUACCUGUAGGCCACCAGACCACCCAGCCAAGACAAUCCACCCUAACCCUGCCCCACUCAUGGAGCGCAGACGGACUCCACAUGAUGAUGCUCAGUGGUGCAGGAUGGAGCCAUGCCCUCGGAAACAGGACAAGGCCACUGGAACUGCAGUGCUUGGAGCCCCACCACUGCUGUUACUAGUUUAGUCGCCACCAAGCUGCCUACAGAACAGGAGCAUCAUCUUCCAGUCCAAGGCUCUUCCCACGUGCUGACAGCUGCCGCAGAAGCCCCGAGCCUGUUUCAUUGUGGACUUGGACCUUCUGGGACAAAAUCAUUUCAAAGAGGGUGCUCAUUUCUGAAAGAAAAGUGCUGGCCAGCCUUGUCCCAGCAGCAUUCGAGUCAGCCCCAGCGCCUUUGCCAAAGGUCUCAAAGGUCCUUGGUUUCUCCUGCCUUGCAGCUUCCUCAUCCUGAGGUGAAUGCAGAGAGCCAGGGGAGACGACGUUGUCCUUGUAGCUGCUGGUGAGUGGCAAGGAGAGCCGAGCCACCCAUGCUGGGUCAGCAGCCGUCAGCCUCUUGAGGGCCAGCUCUGCAGGGAGUGAGAACAAGAACUGCUGGUGAGACGUGGAGUAGAGACCAUGGGAGAGAAGGAGGGGGUGGGAAUAAUACUGCAAAAUGAGGAGACUUCCUGAAAUCAGCUGUGGGAAGACUGAUUGUGAACAGGUCUAGAUUUAAGCUACCAAUAGCAUCAUUCAAACCAGCAGCUUAAAAGAACCCAAACAAACCAGAACUGGUUUCUAUCCACUGGAGUUUUGUUUUUUAAAUAUGAUAACUGUUAGGCUUACUUUGCUUUCUCAUCUGUUAGAGCCUCAAGUGGCACUUCACUAGAUUGUUAGCAGCAUGAGGGUUUGGGACUGGCUAAAGGGGAGACAACAAUGGAAAGCUUUCAAGGGGGAAGUAUUGUCCAGAAAGAAGGUCAGUCGUGGACUUCCCUGAAGGGCCACUCUAGGGUGGGAAUUUGCUGUUAAGCAGGCAUGCUGAGGCUGAAAAGAAAAGGGUUAUUGUGAAAACAAUAACAGAAGUAGAAUGAAAUUCUGGAUUAUAAAAUGCACAGCUGGAUGGUUGAAGACUAGGAACAAAAAACCGAGCUAUAAAGUAGUUGUUCAUCAAUUGGAAACAGAUGAGGAGCAGUGGGAACUGGUGUGGGUGGUGGCUGCAGGCUCAUCAGUGUACCAGUAAUGUGAUUCGGCCCCAAAGUGGGCAAACAAAAUCAUACAGUGAGUUGGUCAAGGUAUUCCCUAUUGGCAUGAAGACACAGCCCUGGUAUUGUUACUAUGUCUGGCGAGACCUGAUUAGGAGUAUUACAUAGAAAUCUGAUUAUCCGUCCUGAGAAAGAAGGAUCUGCAAUGACAGAAGUGCAGAGAACAGUGUUGAGAUGAAAACAGGAGUGAGCCCAGGCUUACGUGUUGGAGACCACAAGAAGUAGGGGUUGCUUAUCCUAAGGAAGCAAAUGCUCACCAGGGACCUGACUGCAACCUGUCAGUAUUUUGAGGAGUUAAACACCAACAAAGGAAAUCUUUAUGCUUAAAAUAGUGUUGGCAAAAAAAAGAAGUGAUUAUUACUGUCCAUUAAUAAACAUAUACUGGGAAAUUAAAGGAAGGACCCCAUAGCAGGCUGAGCUUGGAAUAGCUUCCUCAUCAGACAGGGGAGGAAAUGGGGGUUCUUGUUUUUUAAGGCAGAGCUUUGCAGUUGGUAAACAAGACUCCGUGACGCAGUGCACAGAUGCUGCCUUCCAACCCCACGCUGCUGCAUUUCCAGCGUUUAACCUGGAACCCCUGGGAGGUUUGAAGUGACCACCAGGCCUGUGAGACACUGUGAGUCAGCAGCAAAACAAGCCACUGGUGUCUGCUCACAAAGCACAACAGUCCCAAUCAGAUGGUGUCAUGGUAAUAAUUACAUGGCUCUGACUUACAAAGUGACCUCUGAAAGGAGGGUUCCCAUCCUGAGGCACUUGUCAUGCUGCUUCCAGAAGAUAAUCAAUACCUUCCACAGCCUAGGACGUGUGGUCCUCAGUCCUGGUCUACUCAAUCACUGAGACAAGUCUCCUUCCUCAGCCAACUAAGUGAUUAGUCCUUUGUCUCUGAAAAACAACUGUGUCCUGAGGCGGGAUGGGGCUGGGAGCUGGGAUUCAGACCCAGGAAGGAGAGAUGCAUCGGUCAGAUUGUGUUUCAGCUGAAGCCCUAAGAUUCUUUUGUGUUGCUUAACUCCAGGAUUUCUUUCUGCAAUCUCAGUAUUUUCUUUCAGUUGCAGUGACUGUUCCUUAGGAGAUCUCCCAAGCUGAAUUCCCAUGGUUUUCCUCUAAAACAUCCUCAGUUCUCUCAGUCUGCAAGAAGCCACCGAGUUCCCUGAAUAUUUUGAUGCAGGGCACAGCAGUACACUGCUCACUGCGGGGAGAACCAGGACUCAUGGUCCUGCGACCAUGAAACCUUGUCAUUAGGUACGUUAAGACCAAUAACUCUUUACUGCCUUACUUUAAUGGUGUUUUGUGAGCAGGGGUUGUUUUUAUAAUCAAUAAAGUUCUCUCUCUCAUCUGCU